AAUGUGGGCUGGAAAGGUUUGUACCUCUGUCGUUACUGGAAACAAUGAAGCGAAAGGAGUUGAGAAAAUUGUUGAAUCAUUUUAUGAAACAGAACCAGUCGUUAACUGCUCCUGGACAGAAGCAGCUGACGGCACUGCAAGCUAAACUUCACUAUCUUAAGAUGAUCAGUGAACUGCCUAGUUAUGGAGCCAAGUGCUUUGCCUCAAACUUUAAGGAUGCUACAUUGGAGACAGCCCUGUUGAUUAGCCCAAAGUAUGGCAUUAGUCAGAUUAGCAGCCCAAGAAAUACUUCGCAACCAGUCAUGCUAGCUCAGAUCGAAGAAGUUUCUUCUCUUGUGAUGAAAAAAGAAGAUGAAAUGUCUUAUAAUGUUGAAAUUAGACUCAAGAAUCCAGAUAUUAGGGCCCUCAAUUUUAACCUGGAAGAUAGAGACACUGAAGAACUGGCUCUGCUUUUGCGGGGAUACCACCACCUGCUGGCAGACCGUGACUUACCAGUGUACUGGGAUGCUGGGAAGCCAUGGAAAACUGAAACUGCUCAUUUGUAUUAUGGAAGACACACCGUUCAGACUGCUCCAUGGAGUUAUCUCCCAUCAGCAAGUGAAGGAGAUGAAAUCAAGACAAAAACUGUGGAUUUAGCUAUACCACCUCCUUCAUACAUACCUUGUGAACUGCCUCCUGAAAAACAAGUACAAAGGGUUUCAUCAAGAGAGCAGUGUGUUACCAUGGUGACCAGAACAGCUUCAGUUGACCACAACAUGAAUGAAACUCUUGGGAAUCCGGUAAACUUUCCCGAGUCAAACAGUGAAGAAAUGAGGAAAAAGGAUGACACUGCAACUCAAGGUGGAUUUGAUUUUCAGAGUGUUGUGUCAAUGGAGCUGUUAGAAGAUGAUAGCGAUGAUAUCGAUCUAACCUUAUUUGAGGCUAAGAAUGAAGAAGUUAUACAUAGAGUGUCAGAAAUGAACCGGAUUGUUCAUGAUGCAGAACAUUAUUUAAGUGGAGACCCUCCCGCUGAGAAUGACCAACCCGUGAAAGUCCAAGUUGAGAAACCAAGUGGUCACUUAAGGGCUGUAGAUUCUUUACUAUUUUUGAGUCAGUUGGAUGAGGAAGUAGACGACUCCCCAACUACAUCACCUCAAAGCAUCAAAGACAAACAUCCUGACUUAGUUUCUCAAUCAGAAAGUGAAUCAGACAGUCAGAGCACACCUGGAAACAGCCCACUACAUCGUCACCCUCACAUACGGAAUUCCACAGGGAGUCGCAGUCGGUCCCAGAGGACGGGUUCGAGUUUUGGUCUACACAGUCCUGACAUGGAUACAGAAAACCAGAAACUAAUAUCCAUGUUGACCCAGCUCCAGUCUUCUAGUGAUUCUCCACUUCCUUUUGCUGAAGGAACACUCUACUUGGACCCAGAUAUAAUAGACCUGACCAUGAUUCCUCCUCCAGUUACUCCAGAGCAGGAUGUUUCUCAAACCACCAACCAGCUAAGCACUCCCGUUACCCCAUACGUUACUGUGCCGGUAGCCAAAAAGUGUGUUUCGGAGAAAGAGCUAGUGGAAGAUGGAGAGGUGGAGUCAACAGUAGUGGAUUCUGCACGAAUUGUUGCAGAACUUGACAAUCUCUGUGAUGCUCUGUCAGAAUUAACUCACAGACAAGCUACUGCUUCUCCCAUUACUCUAGGUUCUGACAACAUUCCUGCAUCAGAUGACAUCAAUACUUUUAUCGCCAAUGUGGCUGUGCCUCCUCCACCAACAGAGAAUAUCAGUGAAAGUAGCCUAGUGCUCCUUGAUGGCCAUGAUGACCUCUCUACAUUUAUCAUACCUCCUCCACCCAGUAUACAUCCCAGCACUUUAGUUGAAGACGAAGUUAUCGCUCGUUUUCAGCAAGCAGCUGCUGAUAUGCGACGGAUGUUCAGCCAGGAAGAUGAGCUAGAAAGUGGAAAGGAAUGUAGUCAGAAGUGGUGUGUGGAGGAACAGGAUUGCAACAUUUCUGAAGUCAGCCUACAGAAUUCUGCCAUAGAGACAACUUCACGGACGGAUCAGAAACCAGUCAGUGUUAGCAACAGUAGUGGGCACCCUAUUGCUCAGCUUUCUACAGGUCCUUUGGAUUCUGAUCCACCAGGUGGAGCUAUGGAAGGAGAAUAUCAUGGAAGUGAAUCCUCGGGUUAUGAGACUCAGACCUCAUCACUGACUUCCUGUAGUGAUAGGCUGAUGAGAGAUUUCCCUGUCUACCAGAAUUUAAAGGAAGAACUUCAUACUUAUGCAAACCUGGAGUUUGUUUCAGAUCCUGACUAUGCUAAUGUUAAGUGCUCUGGAAACCUCAAUUCCAAUGAAACUCUGCUCAAAGAAUGUGCCUCAGAUUAUGAAGAAGUCCAUUUUCAGUCAUUACCCAAAGGCAUUAUCCUGGAUUCUAGUACGGGUAGUUCUACUGGUCGGACACCUAAAGCUCCACCUAGAACUAGAAAAUUAGGUCAUUCCCCAAGUAGUAAAAAACACCAAUCCAGCUCAUCCCACAGUGGUAGUUGUGAUGACAUUCAAGCCAGUGUUCAUAAUGAACAAACGGCUGACGUUAAUUUCUCCAACAUGGUUCGCUCUCAGUCCCUGAGUAACCUUUAUGGUUCUGGGUUUCUGUCUUCCUCCAUAAGGACUGCAGCAAAACCACCACUGCCACCAUCAACUCCUCUUGCCUCAGAUUGUACCCGAAGAGUGAAUCGAACUCAACAACCAUUCCAGUUUGAUGGUAAGGACAUCUUUCAUGGUCAGCAGCAAGUCACUAUUCCCUGUCCAGCAAAAAUAUCCAACUCUAAGCACUGGAACAAUAUCAAGUCAGCAACACUUGGAAGAAACAAACAUCAUGAUGUUGGGCAGAGAAUAAUGAAUGGAUUUGCCAGUGAUUCAUUAAAUAACAACCUCGGCGGCUGUAUAGAUGAUGGAAUCUUUAUGGAUGAUAUCUCGGAAUUGUUGAUUUUAGCUGCUCCUUCUCACUCCUAUUUGGCAGGAGACAUUGGAGAUACCUUGUUGCUUGGCAAUGCUGCUGUCUGUUCAAGGGCAAUGGGGCUCCAAAAACAUGUUCCCCCAUUAAAAACCAGUAGCCCUAAAUCUCUGAUACGUUCAAGGGAGUCUGUGGUAAAUGGUGGUAGCAGCUCCUUGGAGACCAGCUUCGAAGAUGACUCUGUGGAACCAGAGCAAGAGGAACCAUACUACCAGGCUCAACAAGCCAUUGCUGUCAUGGUACUUCAUCUUGAAGAACUUGGAUGCACUUGUGUUAAAAAUGUUGAAACUUGUGAAUGUGAUAUUGAUAAGUUCAUUGCUGCCAAAGAAGCUCUAAUAAUAGAAUCUCGUCAGUUCGUAACAGCAUCGAAGUUAUUUGUUAAAAGUGCAACAGAAUCUUCAGACCAAAUGACAGAGCAUUUAAAUAGUUGUGUUUCUCUACUUGAUCGCAUGUUCACCGUCAGCGAAUUAGUUAUCACGCAGCUGGCAUCAGCAAAUCUGAUAGCUUGUCUUGUGCAGAAACUAAAGGAUGUAGCAACGGCAUAUGCACGAACCGUUAGUACAGCUCGCCGCACUGCUGGGGAAGGAAUCUUGAACUCUCACCUGGGGAUCCUCAUGCAUGAGGCUACCACCCUUGCUUCUGCUCUUGCAUCACUCAUGAGAACCCUCAGAUCGUUCACCAAUCCAUAAACGUAUCUAUCAUCUCUCACUUAAGUCCAGGUCUUCCACUACAUUGCCAUCUUGGUGGUAGGCCCUUUACCUGGCAAUGAAUGGAUUUCUGAAGCUUCAUCAUUCCUUAGUGAAUAAGAACUCACAUAAGGUAUUUCAUGACGAAAGUGGUUUGUCACUAAUAUUUGGGAACAAUACUAAGUAACAGGUGAACACUUUACGAUAGAGAUAUGCAUGCGUUGCUGCUAAUUUUUCGGGUGAACACUUAACACAAGUUUAUUGUAUUCCAGUCGAUACCUUUACCAAUACAUGAUUUGAUGAUUUUUUUAUAUUGAACAGAAAAACAAUUAUAGGUUAGCUUGCACUAUCCACAGAAUGAUAAACUUGGAUGUUUUUCAUUUCUGUAUUUUGAAACUUUAAAGGGUUAUUGGGUUACCGUCUAAUAAAUCUCACACAUUAAAGGAAUAGACAAAGUAGAAUUGUGUUACGUGUUUAGAUCUGAGGCAAAUUAUUUAAUGGAUCUCAAAAGGAAUUAUUUACUUCUUCGUACAGUGUAUUUAUACUGAAAGUGCAUUUUUCAGACAUUUAAACAAACAAUUAAUGAAAUAUGUAGUAAUUUUUUUUAUGUAUUUUGCCACCAGUUUUACCUUAUUAGAAUACUACAAGGUAAGAAAUCAAGGUUAUAAUUUCUGGUUCACUACUUUAUUUAAUACUUGUAAACUGCAGUAUUCAUAUAUCCAGUAAAAAUGUUUAUAAUUAAUAGAAACAGUAAGCUACUAAUACUCAGGUCUACUUUUGUUUAUCUUCUACUUGUAAUGCUUUGCAAUUUUUUUUUUCUUGGAGCACUUAUAAAUGCGAGGUGUUUUUGUUUUUUUCAACUUUGUUAAAAGUCUAUGGGUGGAUUAAUGCUAAAAUGUAUUAUUAUUAUUUUAGUAACAACUUUUAUACGUUUUUGGAAAUGUUUUUCCUUUUUUCUUAGAAAUAAUAUUUUAAAAACUUUUAUAUAUAUAUAUAUAUAUCCUUCAACUAAAUGAGGAUGCAAUGUUUUUUCUGAGCUAGAAGCUGUAUUCUGAUAGUGUUUAAGCUUAAUAUUUUGCAGUUAUAAAUAUAUAUGAAGUAAUUUUUAUCUGCACUAAAGAACAAAAUAUUUUUAAGUGACAGAUAUUUCAGAAUUUCAAGAACCAACUGUUAAUAGUGCAGUCUGUACAUGAAAUGACAAGAACCAAAGACAACUUUUGGUUGUGUUGAUAUCCAAGAACUUCUAGCUAGUGUUAUCACAUGACAUACGUCAGUUUUGAUUUCCAUAUAAUGUUAUGUUCGAGUUAUUUAGUUAGGUCUUGUAGGAUUUUGUUUUGUAAAUACAAAUCUCACGUUAGACUCAUAUUUAUUGUAAAAACCAGGAUCAAAGUUUUGGUACAGAAUAAGGAAGAAUGCUAACCAAGAACACUGAUGUAUUUUAUUACAGUUUCAUUAAACACAAUGACAUGCAA